UAUAUUCUUUAAACACUAAUCCUACUCGGCCUCUGACAGAAAAACAAAACCCUAAAAAAAGGAGCUAUAAAACAGAGAGGGAAAAUCGAUGCAGAAUUGAAUCUGGAAAAAAAAGCAGUGAAUACAUUGGCAUUUGGGGUUUUUGAUACUCAAGAAUGGUUUCAAAAACAAGUAGUGCUUCUUCUCCUAGUGUCCCAAUCAAGUAUAAGCUGAGGAAGGUGAUGAUUUACCGUGAUUUUCCUAAGGGAUGUGGUCCAUCUAGUAAAGUUGUCCCUAAAGUGUUGCAAGAUUCAGAGAAAUCAUUGUUGCUAUGCACACUUCAUGAUGUAGAAAAAGAACCCAACAAGCCUGUUAUGUUGACUAGUUCUCAUGAGAAGGAAGGGUCAAGAAUUGUGGAACCUGAGAGAGUUGGGUUGCCAAAAGCCAUUUAUAUCUUAAAGCAUGGAACCACUACAUUGUCAAAGAAAGAUGUGGAAAAGACUUUGAGUAUAUCAUACCCACCUCGGCGAAAAACCUCUGCAAUUCGAAGAUUCCCUCUGGGUUGUGGAACUAAUACUCUACCAAUUAGUAAGGAAGAGGAUGGGUUAACAACAGUUGACUCUGUGGGAGUUGGAUUGCCAAAUGCCACUGAUACUUUAGGCCAUGAGAAUACUAAAUUGUCAAAGGAAGAUGAGGAAGAGUCCUUGUGCAAAUUAUAUCCACCUCGGAAAAGAGCUAAAUUUCGAAGCUACCCUUUAGAUUCUGGAUUGAAAUCUUCACAAAUUAUUAGAAAGGAAGAUUGCGCGAUAGUGGCCAUUGAUGCUUCUGGAAGCAAUAAUUCGGGUAACAAGAGUUCAUAUGUGCAAAAUGUACAGAAAAGGGUCAUGAGAAGCGUUGAGGAGGAAGAUUGUGUUUUAAGCACUUUCAAGUCCAAUCUGCAUCGUUCUAAGCAAAAGUCCAAAGAAUCUGCACAUUCUAAUGUGAUUGACAUGAAGGAUAAAUCUUUAGGGAAUGGUAGAAUAGGUAAAUUGCAAGAAAAUGUUUCUGCUGGUUUGGUACUUCCAGGGCCCAGGAUAGUAGUGCAGGCUUUGAUGGCUGCACCAAAAUGUCCAUGGAGGAAUGGAGGCAAAAGGAAGAGAACCUUCAACUAGAGGCAACAGGAAUAGAACCUUCAAAACCGGUGGUACAACUAAAAGUGUAGGAAACAAGCAGUAACUUCCUGUUCUAGAUGGAUUUAAUAUCAUUUUAGGGUGAGAGAUAGAAUGAGAAUUCUUGAUGUAGAAGUAUUACAAGAUGAUUUUUCUACAAUCAAAAGAAGUUACUUUUGUGAUCUUAAAACUUAGCUUCUAGUUGCAUGGCUCUUUUGUUUCAUGUAUAUGUUGUCUAUCACCUGCUAUCAAAAGAAGUUACUUUUGUGAUGUUAAAACUCAGCUUCUAGUUGCAUGGCUCUAUUAUUUCGUGUAUAUGUUGUCUAUCAUCUGUUAUCAAAAGAAGUUACUUUCGUGAUUUUGGAAA